AUGGCUGUCAUGUUCUUGGCCACCUCUGACUUUAUGCUUUGUUUAGCCACCCUCGUCUACGCAUUGUGCACUGUCAUCAAAGCUGACCCUUUUUACAUACCGGACUUCUCCGACCUAUACGCUUAUUUGCUUCACGUCUCCAACUGGACAAGGGCGAUGUUUGUGGACACGUCCCUUUUCCUUACGGUGUUCGUGUCACUAGAGCGCUGCCCGUGCGUCACCUGGCCUCUCAAGUUCAAAACCUUGUUCACUACCAAAAGUUCAGCAGUCAUCUGUUCUUCUAUCUUGUGCUGUACCAUCGUGUCGUAUAUCCCAGUUCAAAUUAGCCACGGUGUCAGCGAGCAGUAUGACGUCUCCAUCAACAGAACACGUCUGAUAAUGUGGUACUCAGAAGAUCGAGAAGAUCUUAUCAAGUUCAGCAACUCAUUCCACAGACUUUUCCUUCACAACGUGAGUCCAGCCUCAAUCACUCUCAGCGCCGUCUUUAUGGCAGUUUGCCUCCGAGCCUCGGCUGUCUUCGGACAGAAGGCAACUUCUGCUGAACCUGGAGACAACAAAAACAACAGUGGCGCCAUGUCCAAAAAGGACAGCCGAGUAGUGACCAUGGUGUUUCUAGUCGCUGUGGUCUGCAUACUUCUCCUCUUGCCCUCUAUGCUUUUUGUGAGCGCCAGGAGAGCGUUGCCCGAUUUGGGUCACCGGCCAGGUUACCAGAACCUCAUCUAUACCUUUGUGGGCAUCACGUAUAUGUCCACCAUCAUCAACGCCAACGUCAACAUCUUUAUCUACUACAACUUUAACUCACGCUACAGACAGUUCCUCCAGAAAUAUAUGACGCAUUGCGCGAACUCAGUUGCCUGA